AGCCAGUGCCCACCCAACCCAAGUUGCGACGUUUUCAGCAGUUCCUUCUCUAGAACACCCAUUUACCCUUCCUUUCUUUUUCUUUUUCUUUUUUCUUUGUGUAUAUAUCAAGAAAAGUAAACCCUACCUUCUAUAUAUUCUCUCACCUUUACUUACCUUAUCUUAUUACUCCAUUCAUAUAUAUAUAUAUAUACCCCUCCCUAACCUCUUAAAAUCUCUCAUCUUCAUCAUCAUCAUCUUCUUCUUCUUCUUGUUCUUCUUCUUCAAGUUCAUAUAUGUGUUUUACCUUCAAACACCAAUUAUCAUGAGCAACGUUCCCAGAUCUUUAACAGACUCUUCCUUAACCCUCUUCAAUCUAGCCAUCUCUGCCUCUGACCCUUGGCCUUUCUCUCUUGUUUUCUUGUAACCUUUCACUGAAAAGAAGAAAAAAACAGGACUUGAUUUUUUGUCAUUUUCUUGGAUUUUCUUUCUGUGUUGUUCUUGAGAUGGGUAGUGGAGACAAGAAUCUCCUAAAUUUUCAUCUCCAUCUCCACCACCACCACCAUGGGAAGAAGGCUGUGAAAGAUAUUCCAAAGGGUUGCUUAGCAAUAAUGGUGGGUCAAGGUGAGGAACUACAGAGGUUCAUAAUCCCAGUGAUCUACAUCAACCACCCACUCUUCAUGCAAUUGUUGAAGGAAGCUGAAGAAGAGUAUGGGUUUGAUCAGAAAGGCCCCAUCAAUAUUCCUUGCCAUGUCGAGGAAUUUCGACACAUCCAAAGCAUGAUAGACAAAGAAAACCAUCACCACCACCACCACCACCACAACAACCACCACCACCAUCUUCUUUGCUUCAGGGUUUGAAAGAUUUAUACACUCUAGGUGAUUGAAGCUUGCUUGCAGUCAUGUAAAUUUGUUGGAAUUUUUUUUUUCUUGCCUUUUAAUUCUUGUUACUCUUUUACAUUUUCUGGUUUAAUUAUUAUUAUUAAUAUACUCAGAUUUCCAUAUAUAUAUAUAUAUAUAGAAGUUUGACGAGGGAAAGGUCGAAUCAUAAUAUGAACCAAUAUCGGUGUAUUCGCUGUUUGAUCUUUGAAAGACAAAAAUUCUACAUCUUCAUUUUCUUGUA